AUGUCGGGUCACUCCGACGUCACUUCCUCCGCAUCCCAGACUCCGGUCCGUCGUAGAGCCACCAGAAUCUUCAUUUCCUCUUCGUCCUCGUCUUCAUCUUCAUCUUCGUCUUCAUCAUCUCCCCCUCCUCCUCCUCCUUCAUCCUCUGCUUCCAAUCCCAAUUUUUUCAUUCCUGACUUGCUUGAGCCUAUUGACAUCAUGAGCUAUUCGUCUGCUCAUUCUCCUUCCGCCCGACUCCUGGAGGAGGCGGCCGAGCUUGAUGCCUACAUCCGGCAGCAAGCCGCUUCUGUUCCAUCCCCCGAGUCCCCACAUGACUCCCCUGGCGGAGCCCAGGGGGGAGUUGGGGAGGACAGGGACUCCUCAGAGGGGACCCCUGCUGCCGAGCAGGGGGAUGACCCUGAGUUCAACUACAGUAACCCCGACCGGGAGGAGACCACCCUCUCGCCCGGGGCGGUGGCCGAGCUGGCCGCGUCGUUCUCCAUUCCUCCGGCCUUCAAGCCGCGAGCUGCCGGGCCCACCGACCGGGCCUGCCGACCUCCCUCAGGCUUUGUAGCCAUCUACAAAGACACUAAUCCGGUGAUGUUCUCUGCAGUGAAAAGGCUAUCCAGACUACUGGGCGCGCCGACUGAGGAGGUCGCCUCCACCACACAGCCUGAGGCAGCAAAGAAGGCCCCUGAGGCCUCUGCGACUCCUGGGGGUAGCUCGAUCCCCCAGAAGGAGGCCUCCCAGACUCAGUCCCCCUCCAAGCAGGUCCCCGCCAAAAAGAAGGCCACGGAGCAGAAGAGGGGGCGAGAUGACGACCCUUCCCAACCUGCGAAGAAGCCUGCGCAGGGCCCAACACAGCGCCCUCUCCAGCUGACGUCUGGGGGCCCUGUCCACCUGGGGAUAGGCUCCGCGGAGGAGCACGCCCAGGAGAGCGCCCCUCCGAGCUUGUGGCACUUCCGCCACGUGGCCCCCACGAAGCCGGGGCAGGCCCCCACGAUGCACGAUCUCCGGCACUUCUGCCCGUCCUGGGAGCUCUCCAUCAAUGACCGAGCCCAAUUCCCCGAGGUGGCUCGCGAGCUGGUCACGGGCUCAGUCCUUCCACGCGACAAGAAAUGGAUGGAGCUGGCCAGCCCGUCCGAGCUUCAGGACAUGUACUAUACCGUCCAGGCCCAAGCCAACGCCGCCGGUACUGCCCUGGUGACCCGCUUCUCCGAGCUGUCUCCCGACUUGGAGAAGAUGCAAAAGAAGAAUCGGGAGGCCGAGCAGAAGCUGGCCAAGGCCCAUAAGGAGGUAGACUCCCUUAAGGCCAAGUUGGGCAAGGCUGAGAAGGAGCUAGAGGACUCCCAGGUCCAGCUCGCCUCCACACGGUCCGAGCUGGACCAAGAGAAGAAGGGCGUGGCGAAACUGAAGGAGGAGCACGCCGUUGAGCUCUCUGGCACCGUCAGCCGGGAGCGCAAGAAGGCUGUCCGGGACUUCAUCUCCUCCGACCAGUUCGUCGAGGACAUGGCCUGCCUCAACCAGCCCAUCUUCCAGGAGUACAAUCCUGCGGCCGAAGAGAAGCUGGACUGGCUCUUCGAUGGGUACCGCAAGGGGCAUGCCCUGAAGGACCUGAUGGGAAGGAGCGACGUGGGGGCCGAGCUGGCGGAGCUUCCCCUGGAGGAGGAAGAGACUCCUGGCAGGGCUUCCGGGAAGAAGCCUGUGGGCUAG